AUGAUAGGCUGCACGCCUGCGCCUUCCGGGACUACGCGCUGGGCUACUCCACCGCCGGGCCCUUCGAGGGCAUCGAGGCCUUGGGCCAGGAGCCACAUCAAGCAGCACUUCGAGACCAACUUCACGGCCGAGAAGAUGGUCAUCGCCGCCUCAGGCGCCGUGAAGCACGCGGAGCUGGUGAAGAUGGCCGAGAAGGCCUUUGGCGGUGUGAAGGGGUAA